UAGAACCUGAACCCUUCCUAGUCAUGUUCUGGACUCUGUGAACAGGAGGGGAAUAUUUUCUCUGCCUGAGUCUGUUUUUAUUUUGGAUCAGAAGCACUGUGAUCUCUUUUUUACUCUUUAGAUUUCACAAGGAACAACUGCUCAGAACUAAAUGUUGGGGAAUCACUCUAGUGCCACUGAAUUCUAUCUCUUAGGCUCCCCAGAAUUACACCAUACCUUAUUUGCUACCUUCUUCCUCUUCUACUCAGUGACAGUCAUGGGGAACAUGAUCAUCAUUGUGAUUGUCUGUGUUGAUAAACGCCUGCAGUCCCCCAUGUAUUUCUUCUGCCACCUCUCUGUCCUAGAGAUCCUGAUCACAUCAGUUGCUGUCCCCUUGAUGCUCUGGGGGUUACUGCUUCCUGGGAUGCAGGCAAUAUCUUUGACAGCAUGUAGUGCACAAUUAUAUUUGUACCUUUCUUUGGGCACAUCAGAAUUUAUAUUAAUGGGAGUGAUGGCUGUGGACCAUUAUGUGGCUGUCUGUAACCCCCUGAGGUACAACAUCAUUAUGAACAGCCACACCUGCAUCUGGGUGGUCAUUGUGUCAUGGGUGUUUGGGUUCCUAUUUCAAAUCUGGCCCGUCUGUGCCACAUUUCAGCUUACCUUCUGCAAAUUAAAUGUGGUAGAUCAUUUUUUAUGUGACCGAGGGCAAUUGUUUAAAUUAUCCUGUGAUGACAGCCGUUUCACACAGUUUGUUCUUUUUUUAAUGGCUGUUUUUGUUAUCAUUGGUCCUUUGAUCCCUACAAUCAUCUCCUACACCUACAUCAUCUCCACCAUCCUCAAGAUCCCUUCAGCCUCUGGCCGAAGGAAAGCCUUCUCUACCUGCGCAUCCCACUUCACCUUUGUUGUGAUUGGCUAUGGCACCUGCUUGUUCCUCUAUGUGAAACCCAAGCAAACACAGGCAGCUGAGUACAACAGGGUAGUAUCACUGAUGGUUUUAGUGGUGACCCCUUUUCUGAACCCAUUCAUCUUCACCCUCCGGAAUGACAAAUUUAUAAAGGCCUUUCGAGAUGUCAUGAAACGCUGCUGUCAACUCUUCAAGGGGUAG